CGCCCGCGCGGCCGCGUCGCUGAGGGGAGGGCGGGGCGGGGUUUGGGGGUGGGGGGAGCGCGGAGCUGAGGGGAGCGGCGGCACCGACACCGCAUACACCCCGCACACACCCCGAGCACGGCCCUGCCCUGCCCACCGCGGAGUCCUUGGCCGAGGAGGGAAAUAAAAAAAAAGGGGAAAGGCACCAAAUCGAGCGUUAAAGCGAUCGCGGGUGCCGCCGCGGAGUGAGGGCGCGGGGCGGCGGCGGCGGUGACUCCUCCAUCAUGUCGGCGGGCGGGGACUUCGGGAACCCGCUGCGGAAAUUCAAGCUGGUGUUCCUGGGAGAGCAGAGCGUGGGGAAGACUUCCUUGAUCACCAGGUUCAUGUAUGACAGCUUUGACAACACCUACCAGGCAACAAUUGGCAUUGACUUCCUCUCAAAAACGAUGUAUUUGGAGGAUCGAACAGUACGGUUGCAAUUAUGGGACACAGCAGGUCAAGAACGGUUCAGGAGCUUGAUUCCUAGCUACAUUCGUGACUCCACUGUUGCAGUUGUUGUUUAUGAUAUCACAAAUGUAAACUCCUUCCAGCAAACAACAAAAUGGAUUGAUGAUGUCAGAACGGAAAGGGGCAGUGAUGUCAUCAUUAUGCUGGUGGGGAAUAAAACAGAUCUAGCAGAUAAGAGACAAGUGUCCAUUGAGGAAGGAGAGAGAAAAGCCAAAGAGCUGAAUGUAAUGUUCAUUGAAACUAGUGCAAAAGCAGGAUACAAUGUAAAACAGCUUUUCCGACGUGUGGCAGCUGCCUUGCCUGGAAUGGAAAGCACACAAGACAAAAGUAGAGAAGACAUGAUUGACAUAAAACUGGAAAAGCCUCAGGAGCAGCCUGUCAGUGAAGGAGGCUGUUCCUGCUAAUCCCACCUGGCUCCAACCUUCCUCCAGAACAUCACUGCUUCCCCUCCCUUUCCUCUUCAUUGACUGCAGUGUGAAUAUUUGGCUUGAUCCUUCCCCUUUCAGUAAUAACAUAUUGCAGCUCAUCAUUGCUGGCUGUCUCGUGGAGAUGAUCUCUUUAGCUUCACAAGCACACACACACACACACACAGAGAAAAAAUGUCAGUGUCUUCAUUAUUUAUAAGAAAAAAAAAAAAAAAACCCAAAAUAUUCCAGUGUAUUCUAGUUAUAACUUUAAAAAAAAAAAAAAAAAAAAAAAGGAAAAAAAAUAGGUACAGUUUCUUAAUAUUCAUUCCUUUUUUUUUUUCUUUAUGAUGCUGCACUUUGAAAUGAUGGAAACUGAGGAAGUUUGGGAUGGGGUUUAGGGGAGAAGUGACACUUUGCAGAUCUUGGGUUUCUCUGAGCAGCCUGGGAAGUGACUGGAGAGCAGGGAGAGGAGGUGGCAGAAUGCUGAGGGUUAAAUCCUUAUAAUAAUUAAUAAUAAUAAUAAUAAUAAUAAAGAAAUUAAACCCAAGCUCUUGAUGUUUGAAGCAGAGGGAGUCUUGGCCCCUAACUGGGGGGGUUUUGACACCACAAAAGCAAAGGCAACCUAGACAGUUUUUCCAAGAGGCCCCAAAGAACUAAGCCAGGGUUUUUGUGAGAGGGUUGAGUGGGUUCUGGAGGGUUUUUUUCUUUUUGGAGGGGAGGAAAGGAAAAGGCUGGGUGUGUUGUUGGCAAAAGGGAAGCAGGGAAAUAACAUUUAAAGUGCACGAUGAGUUUUAAGAGCAUCUUAAUUAUUUUUUUUUCUUCCUUUUUACAUAGAACACCAAAUGAAGUUAAAUUAUUACUGCCCAAGAGAUGGGAACAGAACCUUUCAGCUGGUUGGAGGAGAAAGCAUUUUGCUGCUUUGUUGGUUGUGGGGUUUAUUAUUAUUUUUGUUUUGUUUUGAUUUUUAGGGGAAAUACCAAGUGAAUUCAGGACUGGCAUUAAGUCAAACCUGCUGAAGUGGAUUGAAACCUUUAAAGUUUGGCAGAAAAGAGGCAAAGAGCAGCUGGAUUUCCCAGGGGAGAACUCACAGGCCAGUUGGCAGCUGGGAGAGAGGGGGGGAGAGGUGGAAGGGGGAAAAAUCACAGCCCCUUCCCCCAACAUUGGUGGACUGGGGAAGGAGUGUUGGCUUUGAUCACACAGAAAUCUAGUUGAGAGAUCUUAGAGAGCUGAAUAGAAUGGAAACUUAAUGAUUAUGCAGAAUUAUGCCUUUAUUUUUUAGCUUUUUGUUUUUUAUUUUAUGUUCAGUCUUCCAAGUUGGUUUAGUUCGGUUCACCAGACCUGUAGAGUUUGGUUAAACACCAAGUCAUUUAGUUUUCUAUUUAAUUAGGCUGACAGUUAACCUUUUUUUUUUUCUUUGAUAUUUAUUUCUUGGCUUCAUUUUUUUUUUACUAUUUUCAGUAAUUUGAAGGGGGGAGGGGGAUGGGAUGAUGUAUAUUUUUGCUGAGGUUUAGAGCUUUGCUGAUGUUACGAGACGUAGCUAGCCAAGAAACACAGACUGGAAACACCACACACUAGAAGUGCACCCUUUUCAUCUUUACUCUAGUCAUUGUGAAGUUGCUGUGUAAGUUAAAUAAACACAACUGUAAAUACAUUUGUUUGCUGGGAGAAUAUGGCUGAGUUACAGUGCAGGGAGGAAUCCUGGAGUCUGCCUUGCCAUUGUGACUUCAAAUUGCAAGCAAAAAGACUCAGGCUCCUCCUUUUUUUUUGGGUCUCUUCUGCCCCCUCUCCUUCCAUCUCAAAAUAACCCAACUGAGGAAGAGAAAAUCAUCCUCACCACUACUUUUCACCAGGAAAAAUGGGCCUAAAAGCUUUGGAAUUCAGCAUUCCUGACUCUGUGCCCUGCCCUGGGUUGAUAGCAACUCUGAAAGGCAGAAUGAGAUGUAAAAGUGCUUUUAUAAUGCAAUAUUAAAGGCAAGAUGGUUUUUUUUGUUUUGUUUUUUUUUUUCUUUGACGUGGCAUGUCUUGAAAAUAAACAUCAAUGAUAUGUGACAAAGGAUCAUUCUUUAUUUAAAAGUAACUCUUGGGGGGAAGGAAACCUGGCUGCUUUUCCUGUAUUGUACUGUUCUUAACUGUUUAAAAAAAGGUUCAUCUUGCUGCUUCUUUUUGGGUUUGGUUUGUUGGCUUUAUUUUUUUCCUCUCCUUUUGCUUCUUCACGCAGCUUAGGUUGGUCACCAUUUGGCUGUUUUCCACAAGCAUGGAUAUUUUCUUUUUACCUCUGGUAGUAACCAAAUCCCAACCUUUUUCCAUAGCACUUUGAGCACCGGGUUUGUAAGGAGCUGGCUUAGAAGGAGCCACUUCUGAUGGACCAGCAGCUCCAGGCACUUCUAGUGGAAGCUGCUUUUUGGGGAGCAGCUGCAAUCCUGGGAGCAGGUUUGUUCAGUGGGCCUAUUGGAAAUUUCUCUGGAAAAAAAAUAAUGGAAAAAGUGGCUGCAGGAAGGAGGAGAAGUUCUCAGCUCUUUGAUACUUUUCCUCCAGGAGGGCCCUGAGGUCUGCUCAACCCAGUCAGCUCUGUUUAAACCCAUGUCCUUGCUGAUGGUCAGUGCUUAACAGGACUCAAUCCUGCCCUAAACCCACUUUUCCAGAGAAGAGACACUUUCAAUUUAAGCACAGGAACCACACAGUCUUAAAUUUAAUUUAUUUAUUUGGUUUUCUUUUGCACCAUAACUCUUGGCACCCAUCGGUCUUAUCAGGGUUUAGCUUUUAGUUUUCCUCCAUCAACCUGGCCAGUAGAACCAUGGCAACAUUUCAUUUUUUUUUUCUGCUUAAAAAAAAUGACUUAUUUUAAUUUUAAAUGAUGAUUUUGUAAACAGUGAAAGCUUCUGCUCUGUUUCUUUUCUCCUCCCCACUCCAGCUUGGUCGUUGUACAGUAACAUUUGCGCAGCUAUUCCAUGAACUCACUUUUUGUCUCGAGUACAAGUAGUUGAACAAAUUGUAUAAGGGGGAAAAAAAAAAAAAAAAAGGUUCCUUUUCUUCAUGUUGGAAUGUCACUGGUACCUCAGCUCUGUUUGAGAAUAUGAAACAACAACAACAAAAGAAAUCCUUAGCGCUUGAACUAAAUAAAUAAUGUCUCAUUGGAAA